AUGGGUGCCAACAUCAACAUCCGGGUGCAGAACCUCGAGCAGCCCAUCGACGUUGCCGAGUAUCUCUUCCGCCGACUUCACCAAAUCGGCGUCCGCUCCGUCCACGGCCUUCCCGGCGACUACAACCUCAUUGCUCUUGACUACCUGCCCUCGUCCGGUCUCAAGUGGGUGGGCAGUGUGAACGAGCUCAAUGCUGCUUAUGCCGCUGAUGGAUAUGCUCGUGUCAAGCAGAUGGGCGCCCUCAUCACCACCUUUGGUGUUGGAGAGCUCUCCGCUAUCAACGGCGUUGCUGGUGCCUUCUCUGAGCACAUCCCCGUCGUCCACAUUGUCGGAUGCCCCUCCACCGUCUCGCAGCGAAACGGCAUGCUCCUUCACCACACGCUCGGAAACGGCGACUUCAAUGUCUUCGCCAACAUGAGCGCCCAAAUCUCCUGUGAAGUUGCCAAGCUCACCAACCCGGCCGAAAUUGCUACUCAGAUCGACCACGCUCUCCGAGUUUGUUACAUCCGCUCUCGACCCAUCUACAUCAUGCUCCCUACCGAUAUGGUCCAGGCCAAGGUUGAAGGUGCCAGACUCGACACGCCAAUUGAUCUGUCAGAGCCCGAUAAUGAGCCCGAGAGUGAAGACUACGUCGUCGACGUCGUCCUCAAGUACCUCCGAGCUGCAAAGAACCCCGUCAUCCUUGUCGAUGCUUGUGCCAUCCGCCAUCGUGUCCUUGAGGAGGUCCACAAUCUCAUCGAAAAGACCAACCUCCCCGUCUUUGUCACUCCCAUGGGCAAGGGCGCUGUCAACGAAGAGCACCCGACGUAUGGUGGUGUCUAUGCUGGUGCCGGUUCUUCACCCCCUCAAGCCCAGGACAUUGUCGAGUCCUCGGAUCUUAUCCUGACAAUUGGUGCCCUCAAGAGUGAUUUCAACACUGCUGGCUUUUCCUACCGCACCUCUCAGCUGAACACAAUCGAUCUCCACAGCGACCACUGCGUCGUCAAGUAUUCGACAUAUCCGAGUGUUUCGAUGAGGGGAGUGCUGCAAAAGGUUAUCAAACAGAUCAGCGCCUCCGAGCUCAAUGUUCAGCCAUCGCCAGUUGUCCAGAACGAAAUCCCCAAGGCUGUAGAUGAUUCACCCGUCAUCACUCAAGCCUACCUCUGGCCACGCGUUGGUCAAUUCCUCCAGAAGAACGACAUUGUCAUCACAGAGACCGGCACGGCCAACUUUGGUAUCUGGGAUACCAAGUUCCCAUCUGGCGUCACCGCGCUCAGUCAGGUCCUCUGGGGAAGUAUCGGUUGGUCCGUCGGUGCCUGCCAAGGAGCCGCCCUUGCAGCAGCCGACGACAACAGCGGCCGCAGAACUAUCCUCUUUGUGGGCGACGGCUCGUUCCAACUCACAGCCCAAGAACUGAGUACAAUGAUUCGUCUCAAACUAAAGCCCAUCAUCUUCGUCAUCUGCAACGAUGGCUUUACCAUUGAGCGCUUCAUCCACGGUAUGGAGGCCGAGUACAACGACAUCUCUAACUGGGAUUUCAAGGCCCUGGUUGACGUCUUUGGCGGAUCCAAGACAGCCAAGAAGUUUGCUGUCAAGACCAAGGAGGAAUUGGAGCAGCUUCUCACAGAUCCCACAUUCAACGCGGCAGAAUGCCUUCAGUUUGUCGAGCUGUACAUGCCCAAAGAAGACGCCCCGCGAGCAUUGAUCAUGACUGCGGAAGCCAGCGCCAAGAACAACGCCAAAAAGGAUUAA